AUUGAUAAGUUCACAGUGGAAGCAGUUUCUCUGGGGGCCAUCAAUUCCGUCAACAUUGGCCAUACAGAAAAGAAACCUGGCCAGGGCUGGCAUCUUUCUUAUGUUGCAGUCAGGGAGGAUAACUUGCAUGAUGAACAGACUGAGACGUAUUUUCCAUGUAACAGAUGGUUUGAUACUGGCCAAGAAGACCAGAAAAUAGAAAGAGAACUCUUUCCAGGUCAAAAACCAAAAAGCAAGCCAAAAUCAGGUGGUGAGUAUCACAUGUGGCUUGCAACUGCAGAGGAUUCUGAACCAGCUAAUGGAGGAAAGGCAACACUGGUUGUUUAUGGUGAUGAAGGAAAUAGUGGAAAUAUUGAUUUGUUUGCACCAAACAGCACUGCCAAACUGUUUGAACCAGCUAAUAUUGAUGAGUUUGAGGUUUCAACAGGAGAUAUUGGAGAGAUCUAUAAGAUUAGAAUUACCAGAGAAGACAAGGCUGACUGGAAGGCUUGGCAUCUUGAAGAGGUUAAGCUAAAGGACAAAACUACAGGAGAAGUUUUUAUUUGUCAAUUUGAUAGCUGGUUAUCACUUGACCGGGAGGAUGGAGACCUGUCUAGAGAGCAAGCUGUGGCUUCUACUGGACAAACUACACUGACUGUUAAAAAAUAUGAAGUUCUUGUGGCAACAGGAGACCACUGGGCAGCAGAAACAGAUGCUAAUGUAUACAUAACCUUAUUGGGUUCUCGGGGUGAUUCAGGGAGGAGAGUACUUCACAGGUCAAGAACCAAGAACAGAAAAUUUCAAAGAGGCCAGGAUGACCUAUUUGUGAUUGAAGCUGUAGACUUGGAAGAACUGAAGACUGUUGUGGUCGGCCAUGAUGGACGGGGGCCAGGUUCUGGUUGGUUCUUGAAGCACAUCACUGUCACAGAUACCAGUGGAACAAACAAGAAUAAGCAUUUGUUUCCUUGUGGAAAAUGGUUGGAUGAAGGUGAAGCUGAUGGGAAAAUUGAGAGAACAUUAAGAAAGAUAGAUGUACCCAGACUGUCAACAUCGAAGGCUAUGCCUGUUGAAUGUGGAGGACAAUGGAAGGUGAAGGUGAAGACAUCAGACAUGCCAGAUGCUGGUACACAAGGGCGGGUUUACAUCACUAUCCAUGGAACCAAAGAUUACUCACAGCCAGUUCCUCUAGGUGAUGGCUUUUCAUCAAAAGAAUGUUUUGUGCCCGGAAAAGAAUCCACUUUUGAUGUUACAGUAGGGGAGAUUGGAGAGUUGGCCAAAAUUAGACUAGAACAUGACACAGACAACAAAGAUUCUGCAUGGCAUGUUGAUUGGGUCUGGAUGAAACACCUGGAGUCUGGCUUUGAAUACUUAUUUAUAUUUGACCAGUGGUUGGCUGAUAAUGGCCAAGAUAGACAGGUUUUCAGGGAAUGUGCUGUUGAGUCCACUGGUUGGAUGCCUUCUCCUUUAUUACGCUACAUCAUUAUUGUGCAGACGGGAAGAAAGCCAAAUUCUGGAGCCCAUGGCGGCGUGUGCACCAUCAAUAUUAUGGGCUCACAAGGAGUUACAGGUCAGCAGAAGUUGUCUCAUCCACUGGGAACGUCUGCAGACUGUAUGAAGGAUGGCAUGCUGGAUGUAUACAUGCUCGAGGCCGUCUGUGUGGGGGAAAUCAGAAAUUUGAAGAUAGGAUUUGAUGGCAAAGGCAGAGUUAAGAGAUGGUUUCUGGAGAGUGUCAUAGUCAUGGAAAGCUUGUUAGCUCUCUCAGAGAGUGUCUUCAUUGCAAAUUCUUGGCUGGAUUCAGAAAAACAACCAGAGUUGCUGUUAUUUCAAAAACAAAGCACACUUUAUAUUAACACAGGUGUAUGGGACCUGUGGAUUCAGACUGUAAAUGAAGAGGGUGCAGGAACACAGAGCGUGAUUGUUCUUGUGUUGUGUGGUACAACUGGAUCUUCUCCACCACUUUAUCUCAACCAACAUAAUGACUUCCAUGCCGGCUCUUGUUAUCACACACAGAUCAGGUCUGGUAAGACAGGUGACAUUUUCAAAAUUAGGCUUGCAUUUGCAGACAAAUCUGGAAAGUCUUGGUAUUUGGAAAGGAUCAAACUGAAAGACAGUGUCACAAAACAAGAAUUCAACUUUGAUUACAAGAGCUGGUUGCGUUGCACUGAAGACAACCCGUUAGGAACGGUUGAACUACCUGCUAUAAGACCUGAUAUUGCCCCACUACCUGACUGCACUUACAGAGUCCGUAUUGUCACAGGUGAUCUUCCUUGUGCAGAGACUUCAGCAGAAGUAAACUUGAUGAUAAUUGGUCACUGGGGAGAUUCAGGGCAAGCUGCUUUUAGUCGAGGACAAACUGAUGAGUUUGAGCUGAAACUUCUCAGUUUGGGCAAGAUUUCCAAAAUUCUGCUGGGACACAAUGAAUAUGGACGAGGUCAUGGUUGGUUUUGUCAGCAAGUGUCAAUUACUGAUACUGACCAACGUGGCAACAAGACAGAGACUGUCUUUGCAGUUAACAGAUGGUUGGAUACUGGGGUUGAUGAUCGACAAACAACAGGUGAAUUUUCUGCUACUGGAACAGUAUCACUGAAAGAAGUUAUCAGUUCAAAGAAAAGAAUGUCUUCAAAUGGUAUAUGGUCAUGCUUCAUCAAAAUAGCUGGAAUGGAUAAAGUGAAUAUUAGUGAAAUAAUCCAUCAAGCCUCACCCAAACUGUCUCUGACUGUGUAUGGCAGUAAAGGCAUUGCAGGACCAUUGAUACUUGAGGACAGAAAGAAUGGAAGCAUUAUUCCUGGACAGACAUGUUCAUUUAAGGGACUCAGAAUUGGGGAUGUUGGUGACUUCAUCAAGCUGAGAGUGAGUUAUGGCACUAAUGAUGAAACAACAACAACUUGGGCAAUUGAAAAGGUUCUGCUUGAAGACAGUGUAUCCAGUGAAAAGCUUUGGUUUGACUUCAACAGAUACAUUGGAGAAGUGUCAACAGAAUUUAGCAAAGAGUUGCCUGUCAUAAGGCCUGCUGUGGUAGUACCUCCAUUGAUCAAAUACAUAGUCAGAACAGAAACAUCAAGUACUUCGGGUGCAGGUACUGCUGCCAAAGUUUAUGUCACAAUCUAUGGGCAGAAAGGAGACAGUGGACGCCGACUCCUGCUCAUAAAUGGGAGAGCAACUCAGUUUAGACAGGGGGAGGAAAACAUGUUUGAAAUUGAAGCUGUUGAUCUUGGCAAGCUUGAAAAAGUGGUUUUAACAAAGGGCUCUGGUGAUCCCUGGCUGUUGAAACAUAUGAUCAUCAAGGCUGGGCUUUAUGGACCAGAAGAAUACAUCUUCUUAUGGAACAAAUGGAUUGGGAAUGUGAAUGAAAGAAACCAGGAAAUAGAAACAACCUUGAUAGCAGAAUUAUGCAGACCAAGUAACUUUGCAGCUCCAAUCAGCGAGUUUCCUGAUUUUCCGGUCACGUGUGGACAGUGGACUGUGGAAACUUCUACAGGUCCUACAGGUAUUACUGGUGAUGCAACAGAUGUUACAGUGAUUUUCUGUGGUAGCAGAAAGGAAAGCAGUCCAGUGAGCCUAAGUCCACAGAAUGAUAACCCUUUCCAGCCUGGCAUGAAAGAUCUUUUUGAGUUAGGUCUCGCUGAAGAUGUUGGUGAGCUCAUCAAAAUCAGACUUGGCUUUGAGGAUAACUCAGUACAUAAGAAAUGGCACCUGAAAAAGAUCACAUUUGAGGAUAAUGACACCAAAGAUACAUUCUCAUUUGAACCAAGAGAGUGUCUUUCUGUCAGUGAUGUUUCUGAUGGCUAUUUAGAAUUUCCUGUCAUCUGGCCAGGAGUUCCAAUUCUUCCUAUUGUGAAGUAUAUCAUCACAAUAGAGGCAGGAGAUGUUCCUCAUGCUGCCCUCAAGGAACCUAUUCUAGUUAAACUUGAUGGUGAAAAGGGCAGUACAGGAUACCGAUCUUUGAAAAACAGAACUGAGAGUCAUCAUCAUCAACAGGGGCAGACCAUAAAAUCAGAGAUAGAAGUGGUCAGUCUGAUGAGACUGAACAGCAUUACAAUUGGACAUACCAAUAAUAAUCCAGGAUCUGGGUGGUAUCUUUUUGGUGUGACAGUACAACCAAGCAAUGAAGAGAGAGAUUAUGUGUUUCUUUGUAACAGAUGGUUGGAUUCUGGUCAAGAUGAUAGGAAGAUCAGCAGAACGCUACACUACAAUGACAACAUAAAGACGUUAAACACCAGCAUACAGCCUAUUGCUAGAAUUGCCCCAAUGAAGAAAAUGCCCAGUACACAUUUGGUACAUGAAGACGAGAUUAAAUCUCCCGAUGCUGAACCUGAAAAAGUUUUCAAAUAUGAGAUUACUGUAGUGACUGGACAGGAGCCGGGCAGUGGCACAACAGCUCAGCUUGUCAUAGUUUUCUAUGGCGACAAGGGUCAUUCAGAACCAUUCCUUAUAGAAGAACAUGGUGCAGUGAUCUUGACUGAAGGAAGCAUCCAGAAAUUCCAGGUUUCCACUGACACAGAUCUGGGCAACCUUUAUAAAAUUCGUGUAGGAUUUAAUGCUGCUGGGUGUGAACAAGAAUGGUAUUCUGACCCAGAUUCCAGUCCUUCAUGGUUUACAGAAAUGAUUCAAAUUAAGAAUAUAAACACAGCACAAAAGCAUCACAUUGAUACAAACCAGUGGGUAAGAAUAGAAGCUGAGCAAGAUUUUUGGAGAGAGUUUCCUAUCAAGAGAGCAAUUUCCAGUGAAACUCUUGCUGUGCAAGACUACAUAAUAGAUGUGUACACUGGGGACAGAAGUGGAGCAGGCACAAAUGCAAAUGUAUACAUACAAAUUUGUGGACAAAAUGGAGACUCAGGAUGGCGCCACUUACACAGCUCUAAACAAAUUUCCAGCAAGUUUGAAAGAGAAUCGCAUGACGUGUUUACAGUAACAGCUGUGGACCUUGGGAAAUUGACCAAAGUAAAAGUAAAACAUGAUGGCCAUGGCCCAGGCUCUGGCUGGUAUUUGGAUAAAAUCAAAGUGAGAGAAUCUCAAGAAGCUGCCACUGUCUUCCUGUUUGAAUGUAACAGAUGGCUUGAUGAAGGAGAAGAUGAUGGAGCCAUAGAGAGGGAACUGGCAUUAACAGAUGUGCUCGAAGAGAAAUUAGAAUCUCAUCAUGUAAUGGCAGAUGAUAAUGAAGAUAAUGAUGAUGAUC